CAUUGCUUGGCUGAAGGAAACUUUUCUAUAAGGUCAUGUCGUUUCGAGGAUAGCUUUUCUCCUAGGAAUUCCAUCUGUUAUCUCUUUGUUGCGAUUACGAUGGGCUUGUCUUCGCUUAUAGUUUGGCCUUGGAGUUGCCUUUUGUUGGUUACGACUAUUGUUUCGUCAACUCCUUUCAACCGCAUUGUUGAUACCCCUAGUCCACUUAUCAACAUCGAGUUUGAACAACAAUGCCCAUUGAAGUAUAGUUCAGGGAAGGCUGCCAAGGUCACGGAAUGGCGCCCAUGGACGCAAGAGCCGGUAUGUGUGGGCCCAAAGUCAAACAAGACACUACAACACUGCGCUUUCAUCAAAGAAGACUUUCGGGGGAACAAAGUUCUUCUCGUAAUCACAAGCCCAGAGGUUGCAGCCGGUCAUGUCAGUCUCGUUGAGGAUUUUGACACCCAAUCGGCGAGUACUCAACCUUCACCUGAUUCUGCCGACCCACUCCCCUUCGAUGAUGAGACGAUACCGGGUAAAGGUUUAGGAGCUGUCGCAAACAUCCGCAUCCGCGCGGGGGAUGUCAUCUUGAGGGAACACCCUGUCGUUGUGCAAUUGGCGCAAGUAUCUGAGCCGAUUAGCUGGAUGCAGGCUCUGUGGGUGUUAGAGGAGGGCUUCAUUCGGCUGCCGAGAGAGGAUCAGCAAAGAGUGUUUGAACUUUCUAGGAGCACCGGGGGCCAUGUUCUGGAAGAUAUCAUCCGAACAAACACAUUUGGCGCAAGUUUCAAUAACGUUGCCCACCUUGGACUGUUUCCAAAGGUCGCGAGAAUCAAUCAUGCUUGUAAGCCCAAUGCAAUAACCCGCUUCUCGCCCCGGACAUUGGAACUAGAAAUCGUGGCGUACAAAGACAUCUUGCCGGGCGAGGAACUAAGCAUCAGUUACUCGAUGCUAAACAUGCUGUACCAAGACCGGCAAAAGGCUCUUCAAGAGUGGGGUUUCAACUGCACCUGCGUGCUCUGUAGUUCCUCUCCCGAAGUGCUGGCCAUCUCAGAUGCUUACCGCAGACGGCUGUCGGAGAUCUUCUCGGAGCUCGAGGACCCAGUCAUCGCAGGCUCGCCGUCUUUGGUGGCGGAGCUGAUCGACGAGCUUGAAGAUAUCCUGGUGAAAGAAGAGUUGACGGCGCAGGCGGGCGAGUUCUAUGGCAUAGUUGCUGGGGUGUACCGUAACAUGGGGGAGAUGGAGUUAAGUAAGAAGUAUGCAAAGUUGGCGGUGGAGAAGCUGGUGGUCUUUGCGGGGUACGACGACGAGAGGACGGUAAGGGCAAGGGAAGUUCUUCUGGAAUUUGGGGGAACGCAACUCGGCACGGGGUAA